CGGCGAGGCGCCGAGGAGCGGCAUCACUCGAGCUCAGGUUCCAGCCGCCACCGCGUACCGAGCCCUCACUUCAGGAACAGGAGCAGCAGCGGAUUCGGUGAUCACCGCGACGGGCAGGUGGCAGAAAGGCCCCGAUCGAAAAGCCUAGAAGGGCCGCCGAGCUACCCCCGUAGGAGGAGCCAGCCUGAGCCCGAGGCGCCACUGGAGAAUCAGUGCCAAGGAGCCGUCGCCUCCAUGGCCCACUCACCGGUGGCUGUUCAAGUGCCCGGGAUGCAGAAUAAUAUAGCUGAUCCAGAAGAACUGUUCACAAAAUUAGAACGCAUUGGGAAAGGCUCAUUUGGAGAGGUUUUCAAAGGCAUUGAUAACCGUACUCAGCAAGUGGUUGCCAUUAAAAUCAUAGACCUUGAGGAAGCCGAGGAUGAAAUAGAAGACAUUCAGCAAGAAAUUACUGUUCUGAGUCAGUGUGACAGCUCCUAUGUAACCAAAUACUACGGAUCAUAUUUAAAGGGUUCCAAAUUAUGGAUAAUAAUGGAAUACCUGGGUGGAGGCUCAGCACUGGAUCUUCUACGAGCUGGUCCAUUUGAUGAGUUCCAGAUUGCGACCAUGCUAAAAGAGAUUUUGAAGGGUCUGGACUAUCUGCAUUCUGAAAAGAAAAUUCAUCGUGACAUAAAAGCUGCCAAUGUCUUGCUCUCAGAACAAGGAGACGUUAAACUUGCUGACUUUGGAGUUGCUGGCCAGCUGACUGAUACACAAAUUAAAAGAAACACCUUUGUGGGAACUCCAUUUUGGAUGGCUCCUGAAGUUAUCCAACAGUCAGCGUAUGACUCAAAAGCUGACAUUUGGUCCUUGGGAAUUACUGCUAUUGAGCUCGCCAAAGGAGAGCCACCAAACUCCGAUAUGCAUCCAAUGAGAGUUCUGUUUCUUAUUCCCAAAAACAAUCCUCCAACUCUUAUUGGAGACUUUAGUAAGUCCUUUAAGGAGUUCAUUGAUGCUUGCCUGAAUAAAGAUCCAUCAUUUCGUCCUACAGCUAAAGAACUUUUGAAACACAAAUUCAUUGUCAAAAAUUCCAAGAAGACUUCUUAUCUGACCGAGCUGAUUGAUCGAUUUAAGAGAUGGAAGGCAGAAGGACACAGUGAUGAAGAAUCUGAUUCGGAGGGCUCUGAUUCGGAAUCCACCAGCAAGGAAAGUAAUGUUCAUCCUGAAUGGAGUUUCACCACUGUGCGAAAGAAGCCCGAUCCAAAGAAACUGCAGAAUGGGGCGGAGCAAGAUUUUGUGCAAACUCUGAGCUGUUUGUCCAUGAUCAUCACACCUGCGUUUGCUGAAGUAAGUGUGGGUUCUUUAACGUUGGCUAUCAAUUUUAAGUCCUAUAAUAUAUUCAAUGUUAUGCCAUCAAUCUUUCUUAGCUUAAACAGCAAGAUGAGAACAAUGCAAGCAGGAAUCAGGCAAUUGAAGAACUGGAGAAAAGCAUUGCAGUGGCUGAGGCCACCUGUCCAGGCAUCACAGAUAAAAUGGUGAAGAAAUUAAUCGAAAAAUUUCAAAAGUGUUCUGCAGAAGAGUCCUCCUAAGAAAUUUCUUGUUGCUUGGCUUCUGUUUCAUAUGAAAUCAGAGAAUCCCACCAAAGUUACUUCAAGCUUAACAAUGCUUAACUGAUGCGUUCCAUGUGCCUUUUGGAUCUUUGCAACAUGCAAGAUUUAGAAGAAGUUAUUCAACUAUUUUGUGAUGGUGUUUAUCAUUUUAUAUUUUAAAGAGAUUAUUUUGUAAGGAAUACCUUUUAAUACUAUAGUUUCACCUGUAUUGUAGUAAAUUUCAGGGUACAGUUUGGCUUUUAGGUAUCAUUUCUUCAGUUACUAGGAUGAAUACCUUUUGUGCUUUAAACUUCAGUUAACUGUACACUCAUGGUUCAUACAGGUCUUUCAAAGUCAUCAUUAAUGGUCAUCUUUUAUAAAACUUCAAACAGCGUUUUUUUUUUUUACACAAGCAUGUUCUUAAAGUGACUAUUUGUAGGGAGGUAGAAGUAAGUCAUACCUCCUAAAAAACAGAGGCUUUUACUAAACUCAUAGACAUGAAAUCUAGAAAAGUGUUGACUUCUACCAAGUUAUUUUGAAACCCAGGCAGACCACCUCAGUGAGUAUCACAUCAAAAGAAGUAGUUCUUUGUGCACAGUGUUUAUCUUCUGUUUCAGAUGGAAGAGGCAACUAUUAUUUAAUAUGCUGUGAGACACUUAAAGCAAUAUCUUUUAGCCAGGGAUGGAUUUUCAGUAAUACUAGAGGAGUUUGGCUUCAUUUCUUUAAAUCUUCAACUCAUCAGAUUGGAGCCCCAUAGUUCUUGAAGAAACCAUAACAUUUAUUAUAUUCUGGGAUUCUCAGAACUUUAGAUCGUCGUGUAAUUAAAUACCUAAUCAACGAGUAUGAAUACAAUUUUAACACCAGCAUCUUUUUUUCCCUGGUCUUGAGGCUUGACCUCAGGGCCUGGAUGCUGUCCCUGAGCUUCAGCUGUUCAAGGUUAUCACUCUACCACUUGAGCUACAGAGCCACUUCUGGCCUUUUGUG